AUGGCUUUGGUGAGAAGUAUAUUCAGUGCAAAGAGGAUUCUUGGCGGCUCCUUAGCAAAAACAAACAAGGCACCAAAAGGGUUUCUUGCGGUGUACGUCGGUGAGAACCAGAUGAAGAAGCAGAGAUACUUAGUUCCAGUUUCUUACUUGAAUCAGCCUUUGUUUCAAGCUCUUCUCAUUAAGGCCGAAGAAGAGUUUGGAUUCGAUCAUCCUCGCUGUAACUUCUCGGAUCCAAGGAUGAUCAAUGAUGGUCGUCGUUAG